AUGUCUCUAACUUAUGACUCGAAGUCGAGUGGGUAUGGUCUGCCGCUGAGAUCAACGAGUAUGAGCUCGUUGUCGUCUCCAAUCAGCCAUACAACGUCCACGUUUUUGAACAAUUUGAUGGGAUCUCCUUCACUAGUCAGUCUUCAGCAAGCCUACAACUCUACUGAUUUGGAUUCACAGGAUCUGAAAAAGCUGGAUGAGAAACGAAUGGAGUCGAUUGGGUCGGCGAAUCGGCGCCUUUGUGAUUAUGAAGAUGAUCGACAUGCGAUCAGUGAUGAUAUGAAAGCGAAUGAACGGAACGGAGAAUUCUUAUUGAGUAUCAUCGAAAAGAACGAUCCCAGCCUUGCCAAUAAGGUCAGACGACAUCUGGAUCAUUUCAAGGAGUUGAUACGAUUUGAGAUGAAAUUACGGUGUUUGAUGGUUAAAAUAAUGGAUCAUAUUCGUAAUGGAGGGGACCAGAAUGAAGUCCUGAUGGAGGAAAAUCGACUACGAAGGCGGCUAGCUGACGUGAAUUUCCUUCGAUUGACGUAUGCUCGACGAGAAAGGGAUCUUGAAUGUGCUAUGUCGCGUUUUUUCGAAGAAGAAGAAAGCCGACAAUGGCAUUAUUACAAGGAUACGAUGAUUCAGCUGGUGCAAAGCGAAGAGCAAAUUCGUGAAAGCAUUAUCGACUCAAAAAGACAUCUACGGUCACUCCAUAAUACUCGACCGAAUAUUCAACAAUAA